UGGUCUUUAGUCGAAAACGAUUGUUCGAUUAGAACGAAAUUUCAUGGUAUAGAUAUCGAUUGUACCGUAUUGCGUAGUUACAUAAAAUCGAUAUUAGAUUGCGAUUUCUUUAAAGUGAGGAUGAUUCAUUGUGACGCGUAGGAAUAAAAGAAAAAGUUUGUUUUGUUAGCAACGUUUCCACGGGAAUGAUUCGUUUUGCAUUAAUCGAUGCUUUUUCAUAUUUAUUGAAGUGAACUGAAUAUCGUUCUGUACCUAAUUUUUAUAUCGAUAAAUUUCGAUAAUCACAUCGAUUCGUACAAUCGCAAAGCGAAAUAAUCGAUUUGUAUUUCAAGCUACGCCAUUCGGACUAGUUUUUUUGUGGCUUGUUCAAGCUGUUAUAUUUGUACGUUGUGUUGAUAGUUUUGAGGAUAAAUGAACUCGUGUUUACUUUCGUAAUAUAGCCAUGUACAAUUUUAAAUGAGUCAUUGUGUUUUUGUUUAUUAAUAGUGUGCCGAAAUUAAUACGCAAAUGAGUGGAACGAUCAAAUUUUACGUUUUGUACUGGGAUAGUGUUGUACGUGUAUGGGCUUCACGUCAUUUUUAUAACAUUACAUAAAUUAUACUCAAAACUGUCAUGAUAUUGAUAAAGUUUUCGAUUGAUUACGUAAUUACGAAAAAAGUGUCGAAGACAAGAUUCCACGAGCGGUUACAGGUUUUUUCGAAAAAUUGGAGCUAAUUGCUGUCUUCAUUAUCACGAUCUGCAAUUUAUUAUUUAGGACGAACGAUUAAUCAGGGUACCUAGGUAACGCUGACAUCAUUGGCAGCUAAUUAAUCAGUGGCAUACGUUUAUCUCGUAAUCUGGGAAUAUCGAUUGAUCGAGUGACGAGUCGGUCGCGAUACAUCGAUAUCGAAAUAAGAAAAUACAUAGUGGACGAUCAUGGUGUGACUCGAGUGACUAAAUUGAUCUUUCGGAAAGAUCGUUGAGGUUGACCGGUGGUUGUGUGGUGAUUGGUUUUGGUGGUGGUGCUUGAUACGCUCCUGGGAGUCGGAAGCCCGUUGGCACCUGGGCCUCGUUUACAUCGGUUUACUCAUGCUGGGAGUUUUGAAGCGGCGCUGGAAGCCAUCAAAAAGGGCUUCCAGCGUCCGCGGUCCUGAUUCGCCUCUGAGCUCGGAUCUGGCUCUUGAUAAGCCUCGCCCCAUACCAUCACCCAGACAAAUCCACCCCUUGUACGGGGAGAAAGCCGGGCUCCUGGGCUACUGCGACCCGCUCGGUAACGCAGAGAAUUUUCCACCCGCCCCCAACAUCGUCGUCGAGGGUGGAAGAAUCGAGUUCGUCCGCCCCUCGCAGGAUGGCACCACGACACCCCGUAGGAACACCAUGUCCCGCGGCUCGCAGACCUUCAACGACGAGCCCGAGAAGUCUGACCCAGCGAAGGUACGUACUUGGCACAAUGGCAGUUCCUUUCCAGUGUCUAGAAUCUACAUUAACGAGAGUCUGGAGGAGCGGGUGCAGGAAUUGGAACAGGCGUUGCAAGCAGAACGCAUUGCUGCGCAACGAGAUCGGGCGACGAUCACGAAGCUCCAACGACAGAUCAACAAGAGAGAGGCUACGCAACGAGAUGUGGAACGCGAACGACGACAACGAAUGGAGGCCGAAGCUCGGGUGCGCGAGGCUACGGCCGAAGCUGAAAGAGCACGCUCCAGGGUUCAUCAUCUUCAGAGAGAACUGGCCAGGAUGGAGGAGACGUCACGAGGGUUGCUGCAGCAUAAACACAGGGCCGAACAGCUGAAGCAAGAGAAAACUGCUCUUACGCUUUCUUACGAGGCGCGCGUACAUCAGUAUCAGGCACAAAUCUCGAAGCUGCAACUGGAGAACGAGUCGAUGAGGGGUCAGCUGCGCGGUUUGGAGGCUGCGUGUGCUGGUGAGGUGCAUGCCGCGUUGGUGGCACGUCUGGCGACCUUGGAAACGGAACACGCCGCCUUGGCGAGGGACGCGGACGCUCAACGUCGCCAGUACGAGCGGUGUCUGGACGACGUCGCCAACCAGGUGGUCCGCGCCCUUCUAUCCCAAAAGGGUCUCAGGGAAGAAAUCGGUGCAUUGCAGAGGCGUAUUCGAGAGCUCGAAGCUCAAAAUCGAGCGCUUUCAGGAUUAUUGGCCCAAGCCGCAAAUCCUGGAAGUCCAACAGAAUUGAUUCAAGGGAUUCUCGAAGCUGGACCAGCGGCGGUGGUUGCCGCCCUUGGUCUGGAUCCAGCUUGGGUUCCCUUGUCAAGGCCACGCUCGCUCAAUUUACAAAUACCAGUCAUGGCUGCCACGAAAUGUCGAAGAAACAGACCGUUAGCCCAGAAACCAUCGGAAGAGGAAGGUAGCGAGAGUCCAGAGAGCGGGAACAGAGACGAGGGUUAUUCAACCAUGUCCAGCGAUGUACAAGGUGAGGGUGCUCGACAGGAGCCGUCCCGAGGGUUGGAGGAUCUGAAAGAAGCGACAGAUGAGACCGAGGCAGACGUUUCACCGGAUGCACGAUUGGUCGCCCUCGACGCCGGUGAUCCUGAUGUCCUGUUUUUGCCAUUGAAUCUCACUGUAGGAAUAAAUCCACGUCACAGCUAUCCCCCGACCAAAGAUUUGCUACCGUAUCAGCACGUGAUGCGUAGCUUCUCCGACAGCCACCUAUGUCUGAAGUUGACCACUACCACCAAUUUCACACCGUACAAGCUAUCGAGCCCCAUGGGAUCCUCCUCUCUACUUCUAGUCGAGGAAGAAGGCUGGGAUACCGAGUACGUGCAACAAUGGCUCAGGUUAGACGAUAGUAGAAGUGCUCAACAACAUCGAGAUCUUCUCGAGUUGGAAUACGACAGAGCAGAAUUGGAAGAUUGGAGUUUCUCGUUAUCUACCGAGGAUCUUGUUCAAAAUGAAUCCACGGUGUGGAAAGAACCCACCACCACCACUACAACCCCAGCGCUUCCUGCAAUCAAGGAACAUAAUCCUUUGGAAUUGGAAGAGGAUGCAAACGAAUGCUUGUGGAAUGGUGCCAGUUAUCUUGCGGAUAGAACAGGAGGCGAAUUGGUUGCGCUACUCAUGGAUGCCAGAGCGACUGGAUCGUGGCCAUAUGCUACAAGUCCUGGUACUUCAUGGAGCAGCGAAGAAGGUGCGUUUGAAAAUUCCAGUAAACGAUCCUCGGCGGCGCUCUCCGGUUGCAGCGACGAUCCGGAUUCACCUUCGAUCGGCACCGACUUCACCAGAGAUUUCUACAGGCUGGUAAAAUUCGAGAGCACGAAGAGUUUGGCAAGCACAUCGUCGAGAAGCGGAAGACCUCCGCCGGAUAGGGAACAAGCUUUACAGAGUGUCUUGUCUUUUAUCGCUGAACAACAAAUGUAUUUAACCGAAUUACCGAACAAUCUAUUGGAACAUAACGGUACAACGGAAGUUUUGGAAGAAACGGAAAACAAGAAUGAGUCUGGAAGCGAGGCGAUGUGCACCGAAAUUGAAUCUGUUGAUCAAGAUAACAGUAACAUGGAGAAUAUCGAAACGAGCACUAAUGAUGAUUUGCUGGAUCAAAUACCCGUACCCUCUUUGGCACCGGAAGAGAGAAUAAUUAGUGCGGUAGCUUGCAACGGUGGCGUAUCUUACACUACAGUUGCGCCAUCCGAAUUAGGUGCUGUUCCUGAAGAAGACGAAGAAGCUGCUACUUCCUCUACACCAAGCACGGUUGUAAGUCCAGCGAGAGCAUCGCUACUAGUCGAAGGUAGGGACCGAUCGCUGAGCUUUCACGAGCGUGCCACAUCGAAGGACGUGAUAGAUGAACUGAAUCGAAUGAUCAGGAAAGGUGAGGAGAACACUGUGACCCAAGAAACCCAGGUACCGCUCGAAAAAUUAGAUCUUGCUUGCUGCUGUCCAACUGGAUGGGUUCACGUUGAACGAGAUAUUGACUUUACCGACCCAAAAGCAAGAGCCAAUCUUUUAGACGUGAUGUUAGAGAGCAGUGAAAGUUCUUCGGCGACAUCGAGCAGCGGAUCAGCCGGAAGUGACUCGGGGGAUGAACCACCUGAUUACCGUCACUUGCAUAGACUACAUCGAUACCGACGACAAAAAAAAGCAUCGGCGGCCCAGGCACAUCGUGUAUUACGAUUGCCGUCAACCUGGGGUUCAUCGAGGCCAUCGAUCAUCGGACGAGGUGAGGAUUUCUUCGUACGAUAUGGAGACAAGGAACGUGAAGCCGUGGCCUCUUUUGACUUCCUCGACGAGAUCGUGGCACCCUCCUCGACAGGCUCGAAUGCUAGUCUCAUCGAUUUGGAUGACACACCGUCUACCGAGCUUCGUAGCGACAUCAUGAAGCUUUCUCCGCUUUAGGACGAGUUGCGAUGCUGAAAUUUAUCCUUAAAGCUAUACAUUGAAUGGAAGCCCCUUGUAGAAUGUGCAAGGGUAGGUAAAUUGUUCUGUUCUAAUUAAUAGAUCACCGCGCUUGCUUUUUAUAAAAUGGCGGAAUUUAAAUUGCGCCGAUAUUAUGUUUCGAUGUCUAUAUCAAAGAUUUAGAGCAUGCGAAGAUGAAUUGUAUUAUAACAUCCUUAAAGAUAUAUUGAUUUUUUUUUUAUUCUUGUUAUACGCUUCUUUAUAUAUGCAGCAAGUAAUUUGCAUAUAAUUUGGAUAGAAAGGUAAAAGUUGAUAUGAAUAUAUCUUACAGAUGUUUUGCGAGGGUCAGUAUAGUUUAAUUGUGACGAUAUCUAUUUAUUUUUGUUAAAGCAUUUUGAAAAGCUUUGAAAUAAAUUUUCGACGAUAUAUUAGUUUUUUAUAGCAUGAAAUAUAGAAAAAUAUUCAAAAAUAUUCAAAAAAACUUUUUGUAUUAUUAUUUUCAAUUAUGUCUCUUUUUUUAACAUAACAUAAUAAAUAUUGCAUAAAUUGAUUAAAUAAAUGAUUAUAUGUAGAUAUUAUUAUAUCGUUUGCCUAUUUAUAAUGGAAGUUCUCAAGGUGUACAAGUUGUACUUUUUGUGUAUCCAGUUAUAUUUGCUAUUUGUUAUUAAAUUCAAAUAUUCAAAUCUGUAAAUAAAACAUUGAUUUUCUUGUAAUAAUGAAAUAAGAUCGUUCAUUAUCUAUUUGCAUCUUGUAUAUCAUAUAUUAAAAUGAAAAAUAUUGUUUAGUUUCAUAAAAAUUUCAUAACAUUUUUAAAUGUUAUUUCCUUUUCAAAAUAUUGAUGCUUGGCUUUGAAUAAAAUCUUGGAUUUCAAUAGUGGUUUUUUUUUCUAUAUUUAUUAAAUUUAUAUAUAAAUUAAAAAACUCAUAAAUCGAUUUAUUAUACUCUACGCUCACAAGAUGGAAGUAGACUUCUCAAUUAUUAUACUAUACGCAUAAUAUUAAAAUAUGAAUAACAUUAUGCAAAAGUGGUGUAAGAACACUAUUAGCAUAAUAAUGUAUAGUACAUAUAAAUUAACAUGAUGAAAGAAAUAUCAUAGACUGGAACUAUGAUUACUGUACUUUAUUGUAUACUUGAAUAUUUCAAAUAGUACUUCCAUUACGAUCUUGUUUAACAAGAUCAUAAGAUAUCAGGUGAUGAAAUCUAUUUCUAUUACGCACAUUUACUCUUUUAAAAACAUACACAUUUCAUAACAAAAUUUAAAGAAUUUAAGAAACUUAUUUAGAUAGAUGUUUCUACAUUUUUCAAAUGGAAAUGUAUAAUUUAAAUGUAACGCGAUAUCGCGAAUCAUCUUCCGAAAUUGAGCUUAGAAAAAAUUUAGAUUAAGAGUAUUACGACGAUUUUGUAUGAAUACAAAUUUGUACUCUUUCUCGUCGAUGAUUAUGGAUAAAUGUUGAGACAUACCAUAAUAUUCUAUUGUUUAUAUGAAACACAUAGAUAUUACAUGCACGUUAUAAACGCGUACAACUUUCUGUUCCGUCUUCAACGAAAAUAUAUUGAAUGUAUUACUUAUCAAUUGUAAAAUACAAUAGAAGAAGUUCAAAUUCAAACGGAUAUAUUUAACAUGCAUUCAGUGCAUGAGUUUUAGAUGAUAGAAAUAAUAUAAGUAAAAACUUAAAAAAAAAAAAAAAUAGUAACACUAUGAUCAAAACGCCGUAUCAAAUAAGUAGACAUUUCGUCACAAUUUGUACAAGAUUCACACUACUUCAAAAACAUAAUUUGAGAUAAACUAAAAACUAAUUUGCGUUUGAUCAAUACAACAAAUAGGAAUAAAAUAAUAGUCCAUUUAAAGUAUCAAGUCGAUAAAAAUUGAAAUACAUAUUUUACACGUAGAUAUAUAUAUAUUUAAUAUAUAUAUAUUAAAAUACGAUGAAUAUUUUCAAUAUUUGAAAUGGAGAUUGUACGAAUAUAAAGUUGUUUUUUCCAUUUAUCCAUUUUUACACAUUUCUUACUAUCAUAUACACAUAAACAAGAAUAGUUCUUUAUAUGUUAAAAGUGAAUAAGAAAAAAUAUAAGUAUAUACUGAAAUUCAAUGUUAUUAUUAUUUAUAUCUAACAAUUAUAGAAAUUUAUUGUAUUGUAAUUUUAAUACGUAAUAAUUACAACGAAAAAGUUCCAAACAAAAACAACUUUUGUCCUACAGUCUCAAAAUAAUCGUUUAAUGAUAGGUAUAAGAUACGUGUAAGUUGCAUUAUAUCGAAAAUGCGAUCAUUGAAGACGCUGAUCUAUCCCAAUCGAGAAAGAAUUCAUUAAUAAAUAUAAACUCGUGAUUAAGACAUUGUAAAUAAUAUGUAUUAUAGCACAACAGAUGUAAGUUAUCCUCUCUUGAACUUAAUAAAUAAUGACAAUAUAACAAAUGUAAAA